AUGGCGAUGUUUUUUUCUUGGCAUACUAGACUCUACUUUGAGCCAUUUGUUGAUCCACUUCUAAUUUUGCAUAGGGAAAGUACCCGGCUGCAUAAGAUGCUGAUGACCUCUGAGAUGUUGUUCUGCGAAGACUCCAAGAGAUCUUUCAUUCGUGAUGAUGAUCAUAAACAGUGCCUUCAUUUUUUCCCCUCGUUUCUUUCAUUUGGCGACAAACGUCAUCCGCGUAUGCAGUCAAAUACUAACUUGGCUAGCUAUCUUCUCACAAAGAACGCAUGGAAACGAAGUUAUAAGCGCAUACUUUCGAUCGGUACGCAGGGUAUAACCACCUAUAAAAAGGAUGAUUUUCGAGUGACUAAUCAGUGGCUCUAUGAAGAGGUAAUAUCUGUUCGGCCAGACAGUGGUCUUACUAAAGGGAAUAACUCCAAUGGGCUACAAAAAUUCAACUUAGUCACUGAUGGACCAGGUGGCCGAAAGACUAUGCUCUUCUUAUCCGAGUACCGAACGGAAAUAUUAACAGAUUUGCUGAGAUUUCGUAGCCUAUUUGCUGAGAAACCCCGUCCUACUAUCAAAGUUCCGGCUGCAAAAAUAACCUGGUCGGAUAAAGAAAAACCAGUCUUUCUCGAAAUUACUCCCAUAUCGAUUGAUCAGAUUGAUCAGUCAAGUGGUAGGAGAGUGGCCUGUUACACGUAUCGAGAUAUCAAUUACUUAGCUCCGGUAACCGGGUUGAAUGGUGCUUUCGCCAUUGUUUGUGGCAGCCAAGAGCGAAUUCAUCUAUUUCGGUGUGCUGAUCCAACAGCUUUGAUGAACUCAGCAUCAGAAGCAUCUGCAAUGUAUUUGGGUUUAGUUCUUAAUCGAACACCCUCGCCUUUAACACUUGAACACUGCAAGGAAUUGCGGCUUGGACCGAUUGCAUCGCCAGAGAAUAUGAUAUCGACUGCAGAGUUUGUUGUUCAGAAAGUUGCACCUUAUAGACAUGGUGAAAGUGCUCCCCCAAUCUCUAGAACUCUGUGUUUAACUGAACGUUUGCUGGUAGAAAGGGAUCCGAUUUCGUAUAGACCAAUCUCAGCGCAACCGCUUUGUUAUGUCUUUGCUCUUAUCCGCUCUCGUCGUGAGCCUCAAACCUUGACCAUCGAGUACACUAACGGAAAGGUGCACAGAUACUACUCUUCGGAUAGAGAUUCACUUCUUUGUUCAAUACUCGAUGGGGUUCGAGCCAGUGGCAAUCAAUAUGUUUGUGUUCUGUCAACGCCAUCCAGACGUCAUCUUCGAAUGCAUCCCACUUCAGUUCCUUCUUCUGAGGAGGUAGAAUCGAUGCACUUGAAAUGUCUUCGACAACCUCCUGAGGAUAUUUCAUUUUGGGAGACUGUCGAGCGUUUCAACGCCAAUGUGGCUUAUAGCGGUUUGGUGCAUUCUGUUAGCCAAGAU